AUGUGCCAGUGUUUCACGUUGCCGGACGUCACAAGAACGGCUCGCGAGAUUUCCUCGCUGAUCGAGAACGGCAUCGAGCGAGAGGUGCGUGCAGGCAAACGGUCGUUCGACGAGCUGUCGGGCCGCAUUCAGGCGGAGGUGGCGGCCGUCGUGCCAGAAGUGCGUCGCAGGAUUGCCCAGGCCGGCAUCCGGCUGCAGGACGCGGCAGCAAACAUCUCGUCGGCACUGGACAGCGUGCGGCUGCGGCCGGCUCACGAGGCGCUGGACGAGGCCAACCAGUACCUGCAGCAGUACGGCUCGUUCAGGUACUAUCUGUUCCUGAUCCUCUCCGGCCUGGUGCUGAUCGUCACCUUCUGCCUGGUGAUGGGGCUCUUCUGCGGCCUCUGCGGCCGGCGGCCGGGUAACGUCUACGGUGACGACACGUGCAACAAGGGCGCCGGUGCAAACUUCCUGCUGAGAAGUGCCAGCGGCGUGCCGUGGAAGGCUGAGGGCCACGCCGUCUUCCCGGCCGACGAGCUGCUGCCGCAGCUGGCCGCCACCGGCUUCGACCUGGCCGACGUCAUCAGGAGAUGUCACCAGAACCAGUCGAUCUACACCGUGCUGCACCUGGAGCCGCUGUACGACCUCUCCGAGCUGGGCCGCUACAAACAGCAGCUGGGCAUCGACGAGCAGCUGGAUGCCCUCCGCAACCAGAUACAGGUGGACACCGACGUCGAGAUCCUCACGCCGCUGGGUAAGGAGCAGCUGUACGAGCUGGCGCGCUCCGACGUCGCCCGCAUCAACUACACCGCCUUCACGCUCACGCUGGAGGACCGCAUCACGGCCGUCGAGCUGGGUCAGAUGGGUGCCGCGCUAGAGGCGGCCGCCAACCUGCUGCCGCCGGCCGAGCGCUCGGCGGCCAACCGGCUGCGCAACCAGGCCACCAUCCUGGGCGCCCAGCAACUGGUGGUCGACCAGAUGGCCGACAUUGUCGUCUCGCUGAGGGUGAGCCGCGGCCCGCCGCGAGAAAACGAACCGGACUGGAGUCGUGUUCGCUGGUGA